CUCCGAGAUCAUCUCAUCACUUCACUGCCUUCUCAUUUACUGCAGAAGGUGAAGGUGAAGGAGGAGGCGGCCAUGGCGAGGGAGCAGGCGCUGCUGUUGACGGAGAUCGUGAACCGCGGCGUGGAGCCGUCGGGGCCGGACGCCGGGUCGCCGACGUUCUCGGUGCGGGUGCGGCGGCGGCUGCCGGACUUCCUCCAGUCGGUGAACCUCAAGUACGUGCGGCUCGGGUACCACUACCUCAUCAGCCACGGCGUGUACCUGGCCACCAUCCCGGUCAUCGUGCUCGUCUGCGGCGCCGAGGUCGGCAGCCUCAGCCGAGACGAGCUGUGGCGCAAGGUCUGGGGCGAGGCCACCUACGACCUCGCCACCGUCCUCGCCUUCCUCGCCGUCCUCGCCUUCACCAUCUCCGUCUACAUCAUGUCCAGGCCUAGGCCCGUCUACCUCAUCGACUUCGCCUGCUACAAACCAGCCGACGAACUCAAGGUGUCGAAGGCGGAGUUCAUCGAUCUGGCGAGGAAGUCGGGCAAGUUCGACGAGGAUAGCCUGGCGUUCCAGUCGCGGCUGCUGGCCAAGUCUGGCAUCGGCGACGAGUCCUACAUGCCGCGCUGCGUGUUCGAGCCGGGCACCAACUGCGCCACCAUGAAGGAAGGCCGCGCCGAGGCGUCCGCCGCCAUGUUCGCCGCGCUGGACGAGCUGUUCGACAAGUGCCGCGUCCGCCCCAAGGACGUCGGCGUGCUCGUCGUCAACUGCAGCCUCUUCAACCCGACGCCGUCGCUGUCCGCCAUGAUCGUCAACCACUACAAGAUGCGCGGGAACAUCCUCAGCUACAACCUCGGCGGCAUGGGGUGCAGCGCCGGCGUCAUCGCGGUGGACCUCGCCCGCGACAUGCUCCAGGCCAGCGGCGCGGGGCUCGCCGUCGUCGUCAGCACGGAGGCCGUCUCCUUCACCUGGUACGCCGGGAAGCGCCGCUCCAUGCUCAUCCCCAACGCCUUCUUCCGCGCCGGCUGCGCCGCCGUGCUGCUCUCCAACCGCCGCAGGGACUUCCACCGCGCCAAGUACCAGCUCGAGCACAUCGUGCGCACCCACAAGGGCGCCGACGACCGCAGCUUCCGGUCGGUGUACCAGGAGGAGGACGAGCAGCGGAUCAAGGGCCUGUCCAUCAGCCGCGACCUCGUGGAGGUCGGCGGCCACGCGCUCAAGACCAACAUCACCACCCUGGGCCCGCUCGUGCUUCCGUUCUCGGAGCAGAUCCUCUUCUUCGCCGGCGUGCUCUUCCGCCACCUGUUCCCGUCCAAGACCUCCGCCCCGCCGCCGCCGUCCGCCGACGGCGACGCCUCCGCCGCCGCUCCCUACAUCCCGGACUUCAAGCGCGCGUUCGAGCACUUCUGCAUGCACGCGGCGAGCCGCGACGUGCUGGAGCACCUGCAGGGCAACCUGGGCCUCCGCGACGGCGACCUGGAGGCGUCGCGCGCCGCGCUCCACCGCUUCGGCAACACGUCGAGCAGCAGCAUCUGGUACGAGCUGGCGUACCUGGAGGCCAAGGGCCGCGUCCGCCGCGGCGACCGCGUGUGGCAGCUCGCCUUCGGCUCCGGGUUCAAGUGCAACAGCGCCGUGUGGCGCGCCGUCCGCCGCGUGCGCCGCCCGGCGCGCAGCCCGUGGCUGGACUGCGUCGAGCAGUACCCGGCUCGCAUGAACGCUUAAGCUGCAGUGGUAAGUAUGCAGAGGCUAAUGAACGGAAAAUUACUGCAACGUCAAAAGACGGGAUCGGCAUGCGAUGCCGGUUAAGGUUCAAGCUUGAUUAAUUUGUGUUGGUGUAUUAGCAAGUCGGUUUAUGAGCCAUAGACUACCAUAAAAGUUGUGCGAGACAUGUGUACUGAACCAGUGUACGCGAGUUCGGUGAUAUGUGAACUUAUCUACGUUUGAUUCUAUUAUUUAUACUGUCAUAUGCUACUUGAAUUAACCUGGUGGCUGUUUAUUAA